AAAAUAUGUAUUAUAAUUCAUAAGCAGGAAUGUCCUAAAAGUACUACUAACCCUAAAAGCCUUUUGGCUAUUAAGGCUAACCUAAUCAAUCUUAAACUAUGAAUAGCAGAUAUGGAAAUCCAUAUGCUUAACAGAUGCCCUAAGAUGAUUAUUUAAGAGAUUAUCAUUAAAAAUAUGAUAAUCAUCUAAAUGAUAUGCAAAGCAAUGGAUAAAUAUUGUCAGAUCUUGAAUUUAGAUUAGAUGAAGAAAGGAAAAACAUGAAAAAUGUCAGAUAAUAAUUAGAGAAUAAUUUAGAGUCUGAAAAAUAAAUGAGAAUAGAAUUUGAAAAUAAAAUAAUAGGUUAUAGAAAUGAAAUCUAAUAAAAGGAUAAUUAUAUAUAAGAAAUAGAGUAUAUAAUUAAAUAUAAUUAGAUAUAAAUUAUAAGAUGUCAUGAUGAGAAAUGAUUCUCUAGAAUAAGAGAAUGCUGUCAUGAGAAAUGAAUUUAUAAGAGGAUAAGAGUAAUACAAUUAAAGACUAAGAGAAUUUGAAGAUAGAAAUAAGUAAUUAAAUAGGUAUAUGUUUAAAAUUUACCAAGAUAAUUAUAAUAAAAUGAUGAAAAAUUUAGAAUUGAAUUUGAAAGGAUAAUGAAAUCACAUGAAUAAAAAGUAUCUGAUAUGACUUAAACUCAUAAAAUUUAAAAAGAAGAUGCUGAAGCUUAGAUUAGAAGUUUUAAGACUCAAAUAUAAGAUUUGAAUUAAGAUAUAACAAAUUUAAUGAAUGAAAAUAUGACAAUAAAAAUGGAAGCUGAAGAAAAUAUAAGAGAAACUAUUGUAAGAGUUUAGGAUGAAGAAAUGAGAAAAUAUUUGGGACAUCUAAGAAAUAUAGAAUAAAAAUUAAAAGCUUCUGAAGAUGGAAGAAGUAAAUUAGCUAAAGAUUAUGAUAAUACUUUAUAAUAGUUAGCUGAAAAAGAUAGAUUAUUAAAAUAAAAAUAAAUGGAAUUUGAUUAAAACUAAACAAGACUUAAAUAAGAUGUUAGUGAACUUGAUUUUUAAGUUAAAUCAACAAAUUAAGUGAGAGAAAAACUAAGAAAUGAAUUAUAAGCAAAAGAUUAGAUAAUAAAAUAAUUACAAGCUGAAAUAAUAGAAUCAUAAAAUAAAUUGAAAAAAAAUAAUGAAUAUUUUACUCAAUAAAUUAAUGAAAUUCAUGAAAAUAACGGUUAAGAGAAAAGAGCAUUAGAAAAAGAAAAGGAUGAUUUAUCAAGAAAAUUAAAUUAAUCAGAAGAAGUAAUUCUAUUAUUAUAAAUGUAUUUAGACUAGAAGAUAAAUGGAAGAGCAUAUUGAUAGAUUAAAAUUAUAAUUAGAAGAAUUAGGAGGAUAAAUUCAUUAAAAUAUAGAAAGAUCAAUUUAUUAGACUAUUAACUAAACAAACUUUUCGAAUAAAUUCGAAAAUAGAAGACCAUAUCAACCAUAAAAAUAUCAAUGAAAAAUAUG